CUUCUUUCUCCUCUCUUUCCUUCCUUCCGCCUGGAGCGAUGGAGCCGGGGCGCCGGGCGGCCGCGGCGCUGCUGGCGCUGCUGUGUGCGGUGAGCACGCUGCCCUCGGGGCGCGCCCAGUACGAGCGCUACAGCUUCCGCAGCUUCCCGCGGGACGAGCUGAUGCCGCUCGAGUCGGCCUACCGGCACGCGCUGGACCAGUACAGCAGCGAGCACUGGGCGGAGAGCGUGGGCUACUUGGAGAUCAGCCUGCGGCUGCAUCGCCUGCUACGAGACAGCGAGGCCUUCUGCCACCGCAACUGCAGCGCGGCGCCGCAGCCCGAGCCCGCCGCCGGCCUCGCGCGCCACCCGGAGUUGCGCCUCUUCGGGGGCCUGCUGCGCCGCGCGCACUGCCUCAAACGCUGCAAGCAGGGCCUGCCGGCCUUCCGCCAGUCGCAGCCCAGCCGCGAAGUACUGGCGGACUUCCAGCGCCGAGAGCCCUACAAGUUCCUGCAGUUCGCUUACUUCAAGGCAAAUAAUCUUCCGAAAGCCAUUGCAGCUGCUCACACCUUUCUACUGAAGCAUCCUGAUGACGAGAUGAUGAAGAGAAACAUGGCUUAUUACAAGAGCCUGCCCGAUGCUGAGGACUACAUUAAAGACUUGGAAACCAAGUCGUACGAGAGCCUGUUCAUCCGUGCUGUGCGGGCGUACAAUGGCGAGAACUGGAGGACGUGCAUCACCGACAUGGAGCUGGCCCUUCCUGACUUCUUCAAGGCCUUCUAUGAGUGUCUCGCUGCCUGCGAGGGCUCCCGGGAGAUCAGGGACUUCAAGGAUUUCUAUCUUUCCAUCGCAGAUCAUUAUGUGGAGGUCCUGGAAUGCAAAAUACAGUGUGAGGAGAACCUCACCCCCAUCAUAGGAGGAUAUCCAGUGGAGAAAUUUGUGGCUACCAUGUAUCAUUAUUUGCAGUUCGCUUAUUAUAAAUUGAACGACCUGAAGAAUGCGGCACCCUGCGCGGUCAGCUACCUGCUCUUUGACCAGAGCGACAAGGUCAUGCAGCAGAACCUGGUGUACUAUCAGUACCACAGGGACAAGUGGGCGCUGGCGGACGAGCAUUUCCAGCCCAGACCGGAAGCAGUCCAGUUCUUUAACGUGACCAUGCUCCAGAAAGAGCUGUAUGACUUUGCUAAGGAAAAUCUCAUGGAUGACGAUGAGGGAGAAGUCCUGGAAUACGUGGAUGACCUGCUGGAGUUGGAGGAGACCAGCUAGCCCCAGAAGCCAGAGAGCCGUCCCUUGCACGUUCAGAAAACACUAUUCUUUGUCUUCCUUUUCUUAAUAGUUCAAGCUGUUGAUACCUCAGCACCUUCUCUUCACUCUGUGAAGUGAAAGGGAAGCCCCCGUCUCUCACUCCAGCUAACAAGGGGUGAGCCUGCAUUCCCUGUGCCCACAGCUGCCUCUCCCACCUUUCACACCUGCCCCUCUAUCUUCAUACCUGCCUCCCCGUCUUCACUCCCACCUCCCCAUGAUCACACCUGCCUCUCCAUCUUCACUGCCACCUCCCCAUGAUCAUACCUGCCUCUCCAUCUUCACUGCCACCUCCCCAUGAUCACACCUGCCUCUCCAUCUUCACUGCCACCUCCCCAUGAUCACACCUGCCUCUCCAUCUUCACUCCCGCCUCCCCAUGAUCACACCUGCCUCUCCAUCUUCACUCCCACCUCCCCAUAAUCAUACCUGCCUCUCCAUCUUCACUCCCGCCUCCCCAUGAUCACACCUGCCUCCCCGUCUGCACACCUGCCUUCUCCACUUUUAUAACUGCCUUUCUCACCAUUUCAGUUAGAAGGACAGUUUUCCAUGGAUUUUUUUCCCCCCCAGAAAAUCAGUAUUAUUUUUUAAAUAAGAAAAGUACCCCUAAAAGAUGGUAAUUAUAAAAACCUCCUCUGGCCUUUCUGCUUUCUCCCAUUUUGGUGUCCUUUCCCCGCAUCCCCUGAUCCAGCAAAGAUGGCGAGGACAAAGGCUAAGCUUCUCUUCAUAAUGGUCUGCACACCAUCUGACCUGCAUCAUUGCUGGCACCCGUUGAAAAAAGAGUUGGGGCAACAGCGUUGAGAACAGACACGUGACUUUUGCCUGAUCCUUUCACGUGUCCGAAGUCUUCCGAUGGCCAGUCAAUCCCCUUUGAGGACAGUGCACAGCUGUUAGUCUCAGAGUUGGAGAUGGAAGGAAGGAGAGGGAAUCUAGUUUCAUUCACUCGUCGACAGAUAUUUACUGAGCACCUACUGUGUGCUAGGCCUUGAUCUGGGCGCUGGAGACACCGCACAGCAAAACAAAGAAAGAAAAAAAACCCUGUCCUCAAGGCCUCGGAGGGUGAUCAUUGCUAUGGAGAAAAAUAAAGCCGUGAGGGAUAAGGAAGCUUGGA